AUGGGCAAUAAUUCAGAGAGGGAAGGGUUUAAGUACCAUUUGGAUGGUGGUAGUAGCGAAGAUGGGAUGAUGAAAGAGCAAGAUCGGCUGCUUCCGAUAGCUAAUGUGGGGCGGAUCAUGAAGCAGAUUCUUCCUCCCAACGCAAAAAUCUCCAAAGAAGCCAAAGAAACCAUGCAGGAGUGUGCGUCGGAGUUCAUAAGCUUUGUGACUGGGGAGGCUUCGGACAAGUGUCAUAAGGAGAAGCGCAAGACUGUGAAUGGUGAUGAUAUUUGCUGGGCUAUGGCAACUCUAGGAUUUGAUGAUUAUGCCGAGCCAUUAAAGAAGUAUUUGCAAAGGUAUAGGGAGUUAGAAGGGGAGAGAGCUCAGCAAAGUAAGGCAAGCAGCAAUGAAGAAAAGAUUAUUAGUGAAACAUCAAAUUAUGGAGCUUCCACACAAACAAAACCUACUGCUCCCUUGAACUUCAAUGUGAUUGAGAGGAGUACUCAUAGCUCUCUGUCCAGGCGAUUUUGAAAGAUAUAAAGCAUGGUAAUUAAUAAUUGAUUUCUACUACUACUACUACUCUUUGUAUUUAACAUUUUGAUGCUGAUGGUGAUCGAUGUUGUAGACAUAAUUAAUCAUAUUAUAGCUAGCUAUAGUAGAGGUGGGCUAGGGAGAGUUUCGGGGUUCUUUUACUUAUUGUGUGGGAUACUAAAUCUUGGAUUUUCACUUUGAUUGACUGUUUUAG